AUGUUGGAUAGGAAAGACUACCGCUAUUAUGCAAACUCUAAUCUGGUAAAUAAUAAAUGUAAACUUCAUGUGAAAAUGUACACAUUAUUUUUUCAACUUUUCCUUGUUUUGUUUAUUAUCGAACGCUGUGUUGGCUCGGAUGAUGUAACACUUUCUCACUAUCAGUCUGAUCUACUUGAUUAUGACAUUGACUCUCAACAUGCACUGUCCCAAUUUGACGAUGAUUAUAUCCAUAUCCCUUUGUACCAUUCAACUUCUAAUGAUUGCAACAUUGAAGAAAUAUUUGAAGAUGACAACAUUGAAGAAAUAUCUGACGAUUACAACAUUGAUGAAGUAUCUGAUGAUUACAACAACGAAAACCAUUAUCCUUCUUUUGACCAUGCUGAUGAUUCAAGUGGUAGCAGCCUCUCUUAUCGUAUUUGUAUGAGAAUGUCAGGUAAUCGUGGUUCAGUGUUAUGUUCUUUUCUCUUCCACCGUCAACCCUGGCGACAAUGGCCACAACAAAUUAGCAGUCUAGCAACUCAAGAAUGGGAUCUUAUCAAGAUACGAUUGGAAGCAUUAUUACCAUCCUGGAUUUCAUACAGUGGCAACCGUGAUAUCAGCGACAACACCAUCUAUAACAACCAUGACGCCGGCGACAAUCAUGAUAACAACAACAAUAAUCAUGACGACAACCAUGAUCAUGACAGCUGGGAUAAUCAUGACAACAAUGAUAAUAUUGACAAUAACAGCGAUAAUCAUCAUGACAAUGACAAUAAUGACAACAAUGGUGCCAACAAUGAUAAUCAUGACAACAAUGAUAAUAUUGAUAAUAGCAACGAUAAUCAUCAUGACAACGACUAUAAUGACAACAAUGUAUACCUUGACUAUGAUGGCCUCCUUCAAAAAACUGAUACAUCACCCGAAGAAAUGUAUGAUCCAAUACCAUCAUCUUUCCGACUCCACCAACAACUCAUUCAAUGGAUAACAAAACUGCAUCCAUGGUUAUACUCCAACUUAUUCUGUAUAUAA